AUGACGAGGGAGGAGCCCGAGUUGCCGCCGUAUUUCCGGAACAAGGUGGCGUUCAGCUACGGCACCUUCAGACGCUCGCCCGCGGAGAUUGAGGUGCAGUCGAAGAUACAGCACAACCGCGAGACUCCGAUUUUUUUCGAGGUGAUCAGCUUCGACAAUGGUCCCCUGCCCUUCAACUCUAUCGCAUUCCUUCCCCCAGGGGAAACCGCUGUGCUUAAAAUGCAGGAUGUCGCGAUGCACAGAUUUCGAUCGCAAACCGAAACUGCGCUAAGCGAGUCUGAUGUCAAUGUGUUCGCACGAGUGGUUCUGGACGACGGGGGGAGGCGGUAUGUGCCCCUCUGCCUCAUGGAGAUCCCCGACCGAAACUGGCUGACGCUCGUCUACGAGGUGGACGAAAAUGCCGAUGACACAACUUUGCGUGUGGACGGUCUGUUGGUAGCUGGGCGCCUUGAAUGCGUGUCGUACGUGUUGUUGCGGCACCGUGAGGCCUCUGGCGCGUGGACGGUGGCUCCUGAAGAGGAGUGCAUGUAUUACGGCAACAACACUCUAGACGCGCUAAAAUGCCAGGAUGCAGUUGAUUCUGCGGAAGCUGUUUCGCAUAUUGAGCCCCCGCAGCCGGAAUCUGAGACGAAAAACCUGCCGUUAUCCCACCUCAAGCGGUAUACUGAUGCUGCAACGUGCAAGACCCUGUUUGAGCUCCGGGAGGCCUCGAUAGACCCAGGUAGAGAGGAGCAGCUCGUCCAGUAUCUCGUUGGCCAUCUACAGGAGUUUCUCAAAGAGGAUGUAGAUUUGUGCGAAUGUGCGAAUCUCAUGGAUUUGUUCAUGGAAUGCUACAAGCACACCAAGUUUAUAUUUUCAGACAAAAUACCACUGAAUGAAGUUAUCGUCCCCGUCGUCGAGAAGUGCGUUAAGAACCUGUGUUUCGAUGCGGAGAAUUUGUACUUUGGAUUGUUGCAGGUCCUGGUGCGCGACUGCGACGUCGCUCACAGGCUUAUGUUCGAUAUGAACUUCGGCAAACAACUUGUCGGGAAAUUGGUGGCACCGGAAAAUUAUCGCUGGAUUGAGCGCGGGUAUAUGCUCGACCUCUUGGUAGAGAUAGUCUCGCAUGGCAAAUGUAUGCGCAACUUUCUUCAGGGCGAUCCCGGAGGGAAAAUAGACUCGCUGAGCGACACGUUGCUGCUUGGGGCUGCCAAGCUGCGCCGAUUCUCCUUGUUCAACAUGAAAACGCGUAUGGAAGCGCUAGGUCAGCGGGUGGAGCUGUUCCUGGCUCUGUCGCGUGUGGAGCAGCUCUUCCAAAGCCUGGGGCCGAAGCUGCGCGCGGAUGACGACGCCCCAGCAUACGAACACCUAAAUACGCUGCUGCAAAGUUUCAACGAAGCAGUUGAAAUGAUUCAGAUUCACCAUACUGGGAAGGUCAAAAAUAGCAUGCUGCGCGAUAUCCACGAAGUUCGGCAGUAUACUGUGUCGUACCUUUUGGAGACCACAAUGCACAUUGUGUUGACUCAGUUGAUGGGGUCGCUACUUUCCCACUUGCAGCGCUUCCCGGUGGCACCCAUGUAUAUCGAUGUCAUGCUGGAGCGCCCGCUGUGGUUCGUGGCGCAGUACACCAACCUGAUAGACUUCGGAGCCUGCUUGCUGUACAUGACGGACAUUUGCGAUUUCGUCAACGGGAUGGCUCUGAACAACGCGCUUCAAAGCGGCAUGUACGCGAGCUCUCAUGCUAUAUACUGCAAGUCGAGGUGCCAAAGCAUGGCGAUACAGACAAUAGUCCUGAAGAUGGCGUCGGCAUUGCUCGGCAAACGAUCAUGCCCUCAAAUCGUCAGCGCGUUGCAUCGCAUAUGUACGGAGUACCCAUGUGGAUACCGGGUCAUUCCAACAAUUUUGGCGGAGCAGAGCAUGGUCCAGACCGUGCUUCAGAUGACCACGUCGGCCAUAACAGACAUAACGCCAUCGGGGGCUGGCACAGGUGGCCAUAGGGAGAACAUGGAGCUGUGGCAGCUCUUCGAAAUCGUUUGUAAUGCCCUAUUGAAAGACGAAAGCGGGAUGCUGCUCUAUUUCAUGGGAAACCAGCUGCUAACUCCUCUGGGGACGUUCCUUGACAUGUUCGUGCCCGAGGGGGCUCCAGUGGCGGAUCUGGAGUUGCAACCGCUAUGUGACCUGCGUAACAACCUGGUCCGACUCUUUAAGUCAUCGGCAUUGAUGGGCCCUGCAAAAGGUGGACGGCUUUUCGACGAUGUGGAUGUGUACCUGCGGGAUCUGCUGGCCAGCGCUGGAGUGGAGUUGCACCCAAACACGUUGAAGCAAAGCAUGUCAAAGCUUUCACACAUGGACGCAAUGGGUCUGGUGGGUCAAAAACUGAACAACAGUGUGUUCCUGACGGACACCACAUCGUCCAAGACAAUUCCGAGGUCGAUGGUGUCAGAACAGUUAAGCACCGUGUACAGCGUCAGCGCCGAGACCGUUGAAAUGGGCGACGUGCACUGGACGCCAAGUGAGCGUUAUUCGGCAAGGGUCACCGACCUAGGUGUUCCAGCGGAUAAGGCUGGCCAUUACAACUCCUGCAGAUUAUACGUUGCACCACCUGAACGUUUGCCGGAAUUUGUGCAUUACGGUGUCCGACUUCUGAGCUUCGCCAGCACCAUGGAUCAGUAUGUUACCGUGUUCGCAGAUCUGCUGCGACAACGCGAGAACGCGGAAACCUUGCUGAGGUUAUGGGUCCACGCGGUAGCUUCGAUAUCGCCUGAUAUCGACACGGUGUUCAACGUCGAAAUGGGAGCCUUCAAGUCGCUGGUCGGCUACGAGUGGUUCUUUUCAAGCGAAGAUGCGAUACCCCUAGUUACCAACAUCGCACAAGUUGUCUACUCGUCUCUCCAUCACCUGUCGUGCGAUCGGCAUUGCCACGAGGAGACGGAUGAGCACCGCAAGGUGACGGGUGCGCCUGUGCGCUACAUCAACGACGAUAUGCUAACGCUCGUUGUGCUGUCCGUGAACGGUGUCAUGAUUAACCAGAGAUGGGCAUUUGACGGUCGGUUGGGACGCACGUCACGCAAGUGCCUGAAGUGGCUCUGUAAGCUGAUGUCGUACUGGUAUCUGCGUUACGAGAAGUCGCAAGGCUACCUGAUGAACAAGCUGAUGGGCUGGUACACGACGUUGCCGUGCAUGGCUGACGGCGCCGCUUUACUCAUCGCGUCCUGUGGCCCCGUAAUAAAUCCAAAGUGCGAUGUACAGGCGUGUCUACGCGUCCUGGAGGACGAAGAUAACGAGGCGUGGUCUGGAAGACGCAGGACGAGGGUACUGUUCGAAGGUCGCGAAUACACUGUCGCUCUAAGCAGCAGAGAGGUCAAGUUGGGAUGUGACAUUCCGAAUUCCGCGUUUUGGGGGCUCAUUCGUCGGAUAGAAUCUUUAAAGGUACCGGUAUUUGCCGAAUUCAUGUGUGCCGUUGCAACGCGGUGCUACUCCGCCAACCCAUGCACGGUUGUCCUGGCCAGUGAAAUUGCCCACUUCCUAAUUGUGAACGGCGCGCCGGUCAUGGUGUUCCUCUCGGCUGUUGCCGACAGGUGUUUGGAUGAGUGCCUCAAGGCUGGCGCUGACGCAUCCCGUUCCAGCAACGCAUCGGGCAAGGCGUACCGACUGUUGACGUUUUGGUCGCUGGUCGCUAAAGCGCUCGUUUCCAACGAGGAAGCGGGCCCCACCGCUGUAUUCAGGGUGAACAACUGGAUCAUGGAUCUGUUCAGCCGAUACACUAAGGGCUGCAAGGUGAUGACUGAAGGGUGCUGCCGAGUCUUGUUUGAUGGCUACCUGCAUCUGUUCAGCUGUCAUAAUAAGCUUUGGGAGGGUCACCACGCAGCCCUGACCCGUGAUCCGGAAUUCCACAACUACAUGAAGCACAUAAAUGGUGCCGUGUGGUGGAUCUGCAAUACCUUAAACGGGUGCAAGGCCAAGGACGCCGAAACCGUGUCGACCGACGAAGCCUCGCAAAACACGCUCAAAACCGUCGACUUCGUUAGUGACGGUCGCUCAGAUUCCGCGAUCUGCCUGUCGUGGGAGGUUAUUUUGGCAGGGUUUGCUGCACUUAAACACGCUUUCAAAAUCCCGUUUACGGCCCUGAACAUUUUGUACACCGUGCUGUCAGGGCCAAUGGAGCUGAUCGUGCAGAUAAUUAACAAGCAGAUCGAUUCAGAGAUUAUAAAGGUGACUCCAUCUACCACUUUGUGGCUCAACGGUAUCAUACGUCAGCUGUGCGAUACCCUUACACAGCACGGCGGCAGUGAGGAAGCCAACGGCGGGAAGAACUCCAACGCGCCGCUUCAAUUACUCAUCAUGCAGCUAUUACACGACAUCUGCGCGUCUAUACACCAGACAGGACCCGCUCAAGACGUGUUCAUAUGCUCCUUGGUCUACGGUACGACGCACGCCGCGGAUCAUGACAUGCUGAUGACGGAGGAUAAAUCUGGUGAGGGGCCAACGGAGAGCUCCCAACAGCAGGAGGACAUAUAUUCGGAUAUAGUGGAUUCUAGCAAGAGCCGUGUGCCGCGCAAAGUGGUAACGAGUACCUCAUCGCAAAAUGCGGCCAACGGCUCCGUGUUCAAGAACGUUACCGACGCCCUAGAGGCGUUCAGAGACAGGGUGGCGCCGGAGAUUGCACCCGGCGAAUCCCAGAAUGUGCAAGGCAUAUCGCUAUCAUCGCAAAUCGCAAAUGUACUUCUGCUGCUGAACGCGUUCAAAUCGCUGUCAUCCGUGAUAGCGAAGGACGCCAUGGAACGCACGCCGCCCAAGUCGCUCCCGGGAUACAUAUUCCUGAAGGUACCAUCGUAUACCCCACUGUUCCGGCACUCGUUGGGUGACGCGUGGUCAACUGACGGGCGUGGCCCCAGCUCAACGCGCUCCAUUCUGACCCGGGUGGUGCGCAUGACGAAAUGCGAAGACUGGGCCGCCAACACGUGCUUCGUCAACCAAAGCGUACCCAGCCCGCUAUCCACGGAUGAUCGCAGACAGAUGAGGUGGAUGUCACGCUGCUUCAUGUUCAACGGUAGCCCGGAAUCGGUCGAGAUGUGGAAGGCGGUGCGUUAUCUCGCUACCGCCAAGCUACUGUUUGCCGAUGAGAUGAUGCAGUACGCCCCCAUGAAAACCAAGCGAAUGGAACGACCGCUGACAGGCGAAGGAAUGCGCUACAUCCGCAGCGUGAGCACCCGCGCCCCGUCGAAGCACGUGGACGCAUACGAAUCGGAGAAAGCCGGCGUUGCGGCAGACGACGACGGCGCUUUCACGCAGGAGAACAUAGAGAAGGCCGUGGCGCAACUCAACGGUGUGAUCACGUCGCAGACGUGGCUGGACUUCGACAACGACCUGGUGACGAACGGGCUGAACCUGCGCUCGAUACUGGUCAACCCGGGAUUGCUCAAGGACUACUCUGCGCGCGCUACGUUCCUCAAUGCGCUCUCAAGGCACGUACUCAUAAAGGAACUGCUGAUAUCGGAAAAGAAGCGUAUCGCGGACCUUAUUUACAGGGAGAUAGCGCAGCGGGACGUGCGCUGGGUGAACUUCUUCGACCUAGAAGGCCGCAAGGUUGUCUAUCGCAAGUACGCCGGGAUUGUCAUCAGCAUCUACACCGACCGGGAGGACAACACGCUGGCGUACCACGAGCUCAUCCACCUCAUCGUUGAGAUACUCGACGACUUCUACGGCAACGUGCACGAGCUCGACGUCGUGUGCAACUUCAACACGCUGCACAGCCUGCUUAACGAGCUUAUACUGGCCGGCGAACUGCUCGAAACCUCGAAACAGAGUGUGCUGGAGCGGAUGAAGGCCACGUAUAAGUUGAAUUAA